AUGGGAGACGUCGCCGUGGAGAACCCGGCGAACAACGUCACGCCUCUUCCCAAGCCCAGCGCACUGGACGCCCUCGGCAAUCUGGACACCCUCGAAGGCACUGGCGUCGAUGGUAACGAUGAAUAUGCUUCCCUGAAGCGGUUACAGAGACAUCUAGAAUACAUUCAGUUGCAGGAGGAAUACAUCAAGGAUGAGCAGCGGAGCUUGAAGAGAGAGCUCGUCCGAGCACAGGAGGAGAUCAAGCGGAUACAGAGUGUGCCGCUGGUGAUUGGGCAGUUCAUGGAGGCUAUUGAUCAAAACACUGGUAUCGUGCAGAGCUCGACCGGGUCUAAUUACGUCGUCCGCAUCCUGUCCACACUCGACCGCGAGAAGCUGAAGCCCUCCUCUUCGGUCGCUCUUCACCGACACUCCAACGCGCUAGUCGAUAUCCUUCCCCCGGAAGCUGACUCUUCCAUCGCCAUGCUGGGUGACAAUGAGAAGCCGGAUGUGACCUAUGCCGACGUGGGUGGCUUGGACAUGCAGAAGCAGGAGAUUCGGGAAGCCGUUGAGCUGCCCUUGACGCAUUUCGAUCUCUACCGGCAAAUUGGUAUCGAUCCUCCCCGUGGUGUUCUGUUGUAUGGCCCCCCCCGGUACCGCUUCAUCCGCGUGAACGGCUCCGAAUUCGUACAAAAGUAUCUGGGAGAAGGUCCGCGUAUGGUCCGUGACGUUUUCCGUAUGGCUCGUGAAAACUCGCCUGCCAUCAUCUUCAUUGAUGAGAUCGAUGCGAUCGCUACCAAGCGUUUCGAUGCCCAGACCGGUGCCGACCGAGAAGUGCAGCGUAUUUUGCUGGAGUUACUCAACCAGAUGGACGGUUUCGAGCAGACCAGCAACGUCAAGGUCAUCAUGGCCACCAACCGUGCUGACACUCUCGAUCCCGCCCUGCUGCGUCCUGGUCGUCUAGACCGCAAGAUCGAGUUCCCAAAUCUGCGUGACCGCCGCGAGCGUCGUUUGAUCUUCACCACCAUUGCGUCCAAGAUGUCGCUGUCCCCCGAGGUGGAUCUAGACUCUCUGAUCGUACGCAACGAACCGCUAUCAGGUGCCGUGAUCGCCGCCAUCAUGCAAGAGGCCGGUCUGCGUGCGGUGCGCAAAAACCGAUACAACAUCAUCCAGUCCGACCUUGAAGAUGCCUAUCAGGCACAGGUGAAGGCUGGCCAGGACGACGACCGCCCUGACUUCUACCGGUAA